AUGGAGGUGAUUAUCAUUAAUUUGCCGCCCAAACUUUGGUUUGGUGAAGAGGUUUAUAGGAUAGGUGGUAAGAUUGAGGCACGGUGUAACUAUAAGGAAACUGUAGAUACACUGAACGGGAUUUUGUCAGAUAGAGAACUCAAUUGGUUCAUCGAGCAUCCCCAAUUUUCGCACAUUUUCCAUAUGAAACAAGAGGAGUAUCGUAAGCACAUGGGUGUUUGGUUGUUACUUCACCGAACAGCCAAAACAAUGAUGCUAGACGAGUGCUGGUUCAUUGUGAACGGUAUUCCGAUAAGAUACUCGGUUAGAGAGCAUGCUCUAAUCACCGGGUUGUCGUGUGGUCCGCUUCCAGAUAAUUACGAUAGAAAGUCGAGUCGUUGUGACUUUAUCAAAAAACAUUUUGGAGGGACCUCCAAAAUAGAUUUCUUAACUGUGAAGAAGAAGUUAGAGGCUAUGACAGAAGAAGGUGAAGGUGAUGAUCGCUUAAAAAUUGCUGUCUUGUACUUCUUGACAUCUGUUAUCGCCGGAAAGAGGAAACAGACUACAAAAAUAGAUGACUUUUUGGUAAACAUAGUUGAUGAUCUGCCUCUUUGUAGACGCUUUCCUUGGGGAAGCUAUACGUUUAAGAACUGUGUUGCAAAAAUCCGAAACUACGUAGAAAACCAGAAAGGCAUUCCGAAUCCUUCAUUUUGUUUUGAGGGAUUCUACCUUGGUUUGGAGCGCUUGGCGUUUGAGAGCAUUCCAAGCCUGAAGAAUUCACAUCUAAAAGAUGUAGCGGAAGCAAAUAAUGCAUGUCCUCGAAUGUGCAAAAGUCAUUUCGUUGACUACGAUCUCAGAGGUUUUCCUCUAGAGCGCAUAUAUAACCAUCUUGGCGAAACCAAGGAAAUUCAGAGUAUCUUGGAACCUGAAGCAGAUGAACAACAUCUUGUGGCCAACAUAGUUGAAACGCUGAUUAUGUUGACAGAAGAGUUACCUGGAAUGCUGCUCUAA